GGUUCUUCAAAGUGUGAGUCAGAGAUGAGGAUGUGAGCAGAGCAUCCGUGUGGAGGCAGACCAACACAAACAUGACUGCAGCAGUUCUCCUGCUCUGUGUUGUUGGGGUUCUCGGCUCAGACGUCCUGUCAGCACAGAGUCUCCCAUGUGUCCCCAGUCAUGAGGUGGCUUGUCCGAACACAUCUGGACCUGUCAGCAAAAACGUGUGCGCUGAGCGUCCAACAAAACCACAGCUGAUGCUGCAGGAUGUCAAUCUCCGAAUGACGUCCCCCUUUUUUACCUGCAUCUCUGAGGGCUGCCCAAAGCCUACAGUCGAAUGGUCUGGAAACAAAGUUGGGACAAAUGCAAACAGCAAAAUAUCAAGUGCUGAAUACUCUGCUGAAGGAAUGAUGUGCUGUGCCACUAAUGCAGAAGGACAAGAGUGCUCCCAACUUUAUGACUAUGAUCUAGACCACGAGCAAAUGGAAAAUGAGGUUUCUAAUGUGACAGUGAGUCCCGGUCAGUCUUUACUCCUUCGCUCUCGGAUACAAACGUAUAACCUUCCAUCACCUGUGUGGGAGAAAGGUGGAAAACAACUAAACGCCAAAACGUUAGCAUGCUCUGCUACAGUCAAGAAGAAGAGCUGCAUCAAAAAUGACUCCCAUUCUAACAGUAAGAUGGCCUACCUGUUCAUCGAGUCAGUCAGUGUGGAGGACGGUGGAAUGUACACCUGCAGGAGUCCGGAACACAAAACUAAGUCUGUCUAUAUUCACGUCCAGGCUGAAGGUUUCCUCUCUGUCAAGUUGAAUGAGAGUAAGAUCGUUCCAGCGCUGAACACGUCCAGCUCCUGUUUGCAAGCCAACGUUUCCUACCACCCUGUGCUCCAGAGGUGCUCCUGGGAGGCUCCUGAUAAAACCAUCACGAAAUGCCGCAGAGACAAAUGGGUGACGAAACACAGGAGUGUGCAGCUCUGCGGUUCACUCAAACCUGGAGAUUACAAGUUACACUUGGAGGCCGGAGAACAAAAAGAAACAAAGACCAUAUCAGUGUGUGUUGUCGAUGCACCGAAGUUCAGUUUCGGCUUCAGCAAAAUGAAUGAUACCGUCAUCCUGGAGGCUGUGAGUCUUGUCCCGGCAAAUUAUUCCUGGAUGUUUUGUCACGGCAGCUGUGAAGCAGAUUCUUCCUGGUUAAAGAUCCCCGACACCUCUCAAACAGACUCUGACGUCUCCUGUAACAAAACAACCAAGACCUCACUGAGAAGAGACCUAGCGACUGGACAAUAUUUAAGGUUCUGCCUCACAAACUCAGUCGGCUCCUGGUGUACGAACACGAUAGACUACCCACCUUCAUACAAGGCCUCCACAGGUGACCGACGUACAGAGAACGACAACAUGCUGCUGCUGAAAGUCGGCAGUUUCCUUCUGCUUCUGGCUCUGGCAGUAGUCAGUGUGGUGCUCUUGUACUUUGUGAAAAAGAAGAAACCCCAGUAUCAGCCCCAGCUGCAGAUGAUCCAGAUGGUGGGACCCAGCGACAAUGAUUACAUCUACAUCAACUUCAAGGACUUUGACUACGACCAGAAAUGGGAGUUUCCCAGGGAGAAUCUGGAGCUGGGUGGCGAACUGGGCUCUGGGGCUUUUGGAAUGGUGGUCCAAGCUACAGCCUAUGGCAUCAACAAGCCUGGGGUGUCCCAGCAGGUGGCUGUCAAGAUGCUGAAAGAGAAGCACCAGACGGUGGAGAAGGAGGCGCUGAUGUCAGAGCUGAAGAUGCUGACUCACAUCGGUCACCACGGCAACAUUGUUAACCUGCUUGGGGCGUGCACAGAUUUAGGACCCAUAUACCUGAUUUUCCAGUACUGCUGUUAUGGAGACCUGCUGAACUACCUGAAGAGCAACAGCGAGCGUUACAACAAGUCUGUGACCGACGCCUUCAACAAGGACCGUUUCAGCAACUUGUACAACAACCUGCAGGCCCGCAAAAGCUCCAGUGAGCUGCAAACAGCAGUGGACACUUAUGUGCCCAUGUAUCAUGCUGCCACCAGGGGGCAGGAGGACAUCGCCCUCCUCGCCCUCAGCUCAGGUGACAUGGAUGUUUACGAAGAGAUGUAUUUAAACAACGAUGAUCAGACCGAGGAGCGGCAAGCCCUGACUUUUGAUGACCUGCUGAGCUUCGCCGUCCAAGUGGCCAAGGGCAUGGAUUUCCUCUCCUCCAAGAAUUGUAUCCACCGAGACCUGGCAGCUCGCAACGUGUUAGUGACAAAAGGCCGACUGGUGAAGAUCGGUGACUUUGGUUUGGCCCGGGACAUCGACAACGACUGCAACUACGUCGUGAGAGGAAACGUGCGUUUACCAGUGAAGUGGAUGGCACCAGAGAGCAUCUUUCAUGGGAUGUACACCAUGAAGAGUGACGUCUGGGCCUACGGCAUCUUGCUCUGGGAGAUCUUCUCCCUCGGUGUCACUCCUUAUCCCGGGAUGAAGGUGGAUCACACGUUCUAUUCGAUGAUUGAGAGAGGAUUCAAGAUGGAGUGUCCGUACUACGCCAAUGAGUCUGUGUAUGGGAUGAUGUGUAAGUGUUGGGCCCUGGAACCCUGUGACCGCCCUUCUUUCUCCAAACUGGUGUCGUUUGUGUGUGAUCAGCUGACGGACAGAGAGGAGAAGCUCUACCACAACAUCCUCGACCAGACGUCCAGCGACUACCAGAAUGCAGCGGCCGUAUUGGACAUUUCUGCGUUGGCAAGGCAGGAGGAGAACAAGACGCAGUCAAGGAAUGACUACUGUCAAACCCAAGCAGCCCAAGACAGCAAAGCAGAAAUGUCCGACUCCGACAACGUGGCAGCUGAGGAGAAACCUCUGAAGCCAUCUGAUUCAGAGUGAUCGCCUCUAACUGAAUGGAAUGUAUUUCAAAAAAAGUUUAUACAAUGUUCUUCCUCUCAUUAUAAACCCAAGAGUUACAGCAGAAAGCGCUUGAUUUUGUAUUUUAAUGAAAUAUAGUAGAAUCAUACAUGUUCUCAAAUAAACUGAGCAUAAACUUUCAUUGUGCAUUGCAUUAAAAUGUCAGCAAAUUAUUAUGAGAACAAGUUCUGAAUGUAAAUACAGUAUUUGUUUUAUUCUAUAGUGUUUUAUUGUGCAGCUAAAACUGAAAGAAAGUUUUCAGAAAAAGAUCCUAAAUAUUUUAUGGACAAAAAUGGAGACAUGUAAGCUAUGACUUCACAGGUUUAUGGAGUGACUGAUCAACUUUUGCUAUUAAAUUGUAUUAUAUAUUAUAUCCAUGGCAACAACCCCUUGUCUUGAUAUAUUGUAAGAUAUUGUAAUGGAAUUGCUGUGCUCUUAUUCUUGUAUCAGCAGCUACAUGCAGUUUAAAUACCAUUUUGUACACAUUUAUAUUUUUAAAAUCAAGCUUUCUGGUCUUUUUUGUUACAAAGUUUAAGCCUCACACCUGCAAUAAAAUGUACUUUGCAUAAUAAAUAAGAAAAAAGGAAAAA